GCGAAGAAGCGCUAAGCUAUUGGGUCGAGAUUGCCGCUUAGCCGAAAAUUUUUAACUACCUCUUAUUUGUAAAUAAUGAUGUGAGUGUGUCCAGAGAGUUUACUUAAGCCAACUCUAAAGAAUGAUGGAAGCUUGUGAUGUUACUCUCUCGCAGCAUGUGGAAUUUGUUGAUGGUAUUUGUUUGGACAAGAAUGUAAUUUUACCGGAUGGAUGCACUACGACUGCGAUGACUGAAGAUGGGGAAAUAAUGCCUGUUACAUUUAUUGUUUCUCAGUCAUUAGUGGAGAAUAAUGAAAUGGUGGAAGAAACGAUUGUUGCUGAUAGUAGUGAGGUUGUUCAAGAUAAAAAUGAGUCGACUAUAGACUUGGAAAAUGAAAGACUUGGUAAAUCAUCUCCAAUCUAUACCAUGCAUUUCCCUUCAAAGCUCCAAAAAUCAAAUUUCCUGACGCUGCCAGAUGAGGAAGUACUUGACAUGGAAAAGCACAUUGAAACCUCCGAUAAUUCUCUGGAAUGUGAACUCCUGGAGCCCUCUCAAGAUUUUAAAUCCUGCAGUCCUCCUACAAGGUUGGAGGAUUUCAUGGAUGUUGUAACUACUUACAAAUGUAAGUUUUGCCGCUUCUCUUGCCCUUGGAAGUCCGGGCUCAUGUCGCACAUUCGAUGCUGUCAUGUUAAUGAAAAGAAAUCUGCCGUGGUGCUGAAAUUGGAUAAGGAACAUGAUUCUGAGCCCAAGAAUUUACCACGUACAGAAAGAAAAGGCUCAGCAAAUAUAAGCCAUUUAAAAGCUGCAAAUAGUCCUGUUGUAGAACCAAAAAUAGUGGCUACUAAGGAGAUUGAUCAAGAGCUUUCCGAUCUUGAAGCAGAAUCUGUUGAAGAAACUUUUUCACCCAAGGAAGAACCGGUGGAGAAGCACAUUUUUUUGUGUGGGACAUGCAAUGAAGGAUUUUUUUCUUUGGAUGAUUGUAAACAACACAUGAUUAAUGACCAUGAUUUAAAGUUUGAAGUAAUUAAAGCCAAGCCUGCUAAAAAGAGAGGUCGACCCAAGACACGCCCUAGUGCAGACGCAACUGCUCAACCUACUACUUCAACAGAAGGCUCCGAAAGCACUAAAGCUGCCACUGUAAAUGAGAAUAAAAGACAGUCUCGCCCACCAAAAGCUCUUGAGGAGCAAUACGAUUUUGGAGUGAAAAAAAAGACUCGGAGAGAUAAUACAUCCGACAGAAGCUUCAGGUGCAUGAAAAGUGGCUGUGGUCAUCGAUUCAGCAAUGAAGAAAACCUUCACUAUCAUUACUCGAGCCACUUAGAUAUCGGGAAGAGUUUUAUGUGUCCUGAGUGCAGAGAAGAGUUUGAAUAUUGGAGAGGUCUAGUCAUGCAUCUCUGGAAGGAGCAUGGUAUAGAUGUUGAUUUAUAUUCAUGCUCCGAGUGUGAUUACAAAACAUACAGUUUCUUCAAAGUUGACAAUCACAGGAAAAUACAUAGUGAGGAAAGAGGCUUCAUCUGUAAUCAGUGUGGCAAAGGCUUUAAGCAGAUCAGCCAACUUCGUAACCAUCUCGUUACCCAUCUGGAUCGUAAGAAUCUUCCCCAGAAGCGAUGGUACAGUGAGCAAGAAUGUGAAACCUGUAACCGUAAAUUUUCCGACACGAAAUGUCUGAGGAAGCACCAACAAGCAGUUCACAACAAGCUGAAACCUUAUGCCUGUUCAUUCUGUGGUCAUCUGAGUGCAAGAAAAGCCAUGUUGCAGCUGCACAUGCGUCAACAUACGGGAGAAAAGCCUUUCUUGUGUGAACAUUGUGAUUACAGAACAGGUGAUCAUAACUCCUUAAGGAGGCAUCGCAUGAGGCAUACUGGUGCAAAACCAUACAAGUGCCCACACUGUCCUUAUGCCUGUAUUCAGGCCAUAUCGUACAAAACCCAUUUAAGAAAUAAGCAUCCCGGAAUGGAUGGUUUAUUUUCUUGCACUUAUUGCACAUUUAAAUCAGUGAGCAAAGAAAACUUCAUAAAUCAUAUGUCUGAUCAUAAACGAGAAACAGAAAACGUUAUCAAGUCCUCCACUUUACCCACAACUGAACAGGAAGAAACCUUUGACAUUUUAUCCAGUGAUCAAGGUUCUGUCCAGAUGCAGUUGACUGACAAUGCACUACAGCAACUGGAGGGCAUUCUUCCUGGAAACAUGACAGCUGCCCAAUUAAUCUACAGCUGCCUUAAUGCUAUAAGCCAAGAUGGUGGUGUUGUAAAUCUGCCUGCAGGUGUUACAGUCAAUAUACCUACCAGCAGCACUACAUCUUCGGAUGGAACCCAAACAAUAACGAUUCAGCUACCGUCAAAUGAUAGCUCAGAAAACGAACCUUACUAUUUUACCAUACAACAACAAGACGGUUCCACUGCACUUUUACUGCCUACAGACGAAGCUAAAGUUGAUGCCGCCGAAGGUUUGGAGUGUGUGCAAUUUGUUAAGCAGGAUAGUGAAUCACUAACUUGCAAUGUUUUGCAGGAAGAUGAAGAAAGUACUAAUUUGCCUGCUUGCAGUACCAGUGAUUUAGUCAUUGCCAAUAUGGAAUCUUUUGAAGAUAAUGAUCAAUUGAGUGAAGAAGACAUAAGUGCAGAAAGUCAAACUGGUUCUUGAUUUACUCUUUUUGUUUUUGGUAGUCAAUUCAUAAAAUCAUUUCAAAUAUCCUGAAUAUGCUCU